AUGUUCGCCAAGUUCACCUCGCUUGUCCUCCUCUCCCUCGCUGCCUUCAAUCAUCUUAGCGGAGUUGCAGCGUUGCCUCAGGGAUCCCCUGCAGCCGUCGAGCUCACUGAUGCAGACGUCCCAGAGGUCGUCCCCGGUCCUGGGUUGCCCAGCCUCGAGUCCCUCGGACUCACCUCUGCCGGUCUCUGGGCAAAGGCGCGCGAGCACGCUGAGAAGCACGAGCGCGUUUCCCCAGUCAAUUCCGAAUCAUCCCUCGAAAACGAGAACCUCAAGAAACGCUACGUCGGGGCGUGCCUUCACGACCGAAUCAUCAAUCGCGCCGCUGCAUAUGCGUGCUACGACUCCCUCAACGGCCUGGGCACAACCUCGUGCUACGUCCCCAGUGGUGGAAGCACUUUCUGCCACUCUGGAGGAGUGUAUUGGACUGGUAGACCUGAUGGUGCUCCAACUGCUGCCUCCUGGUGGUGA